AUGGGUUUGGGAAAUGCAGGAGCCCUUGCGAUUCUUGUGGCCAUAUCCAUGUUUAGCAUUGGAAUGGCCAACAAGAAUUUCAGUGCAGAUUGGAAUGGAAACUGGAAUCACACUGCAGGCUGGCCUUAUGGACACUGGAAUGCAGAUCAAACUUCGAAAAGAAUAAUUGUUGGCGGUUCCGAGAAUUGGCAUUUUGGGUUUAAUUAUACUGAUUGGGCUAUCAGAAAUGGCCCCUUUUACUUGAACGACACACUUGUAUUCAAGUUUGAUCCCCCAAACGACACCACAUUUCCUCACAGUGUUUAUCUGCUGCCAAAUUUCUGGAGUUUCCAAAACUGUGAUUUGAGAAGAGCACAGAAGAUUGCACAAGUGACACAAGGAGGAGGAGAAGGUUUUGAGUUUGUGCUUAAGAGAUGGCAACCUUAUUAUUUUGCUUGUGGUGAACGCAACGGAUUUCAUUGCAAAAAUGGGAUGAUGAAAUUUUCCGUUUGGCCAUUCUUUCGUCGGUAUUAA